AUGUCACCUGUCCUGAGUUUCCUCUGCAUAUUUUAGCUUUAGAAAUGCUCUUUGCAUUUAUUGUUGAGUCCAUGUCCACUGGCUGCAGCCUCAGCCAGAAGGUGUCACUCCAUCUACAAGGGGUUCGCCGAGUGUCUGAUGGCUCUGGGCGACAGUCUGACGGACAACGCCCGCAAGGAGGAGGACACGCACGAGAUCCACUCCAUCUGCAGGUCGUGGGACGCGUUCCACGAUUGCGCUAACGUGGCGAUGGCCGGCUGUCCGGAGGAAGCGGCAGCUGUCUGGGAGUCUCUCCGCCAGGAAUCUAAGAAGAUGCAGUUUUCCGGAAACCUUUAUGACAUGUGCUCUAACCGUAACAGCCAACCAGCGGCCUCAGUGUCCCCUAACGGCUCACCCAACCAAGAAGAGAUCAACCAGGAGUCACUAAGAGGGAGAGCCUAUCAUGUGGCAGGCCGCCUCCACUAUCCCCUUCUACUGUCUCCUCUGCUGCUGCUGUUGUUGUUUUGGAUAUAACUACCCCCAAAGAAAUGGGACUAGUGUGAAUAGAUAUAAACUUUAUGUACUUUUCCCCUCCACAAUUCCAUAGACUUUUCACCGUUUCUUCCUCUGCUCUGCUAGGGGUAGAAUAUUUCUAACUGCAUGUUCAGAGGCUCGACAGUCUUUUUGAUAAUAUAUCUCUAAAUUGCCUGUGCUGUUUCAUGCAUAUUCCCUGCCUAUUAAUUAGAGUCUCUUUUGGAAACACUCACAAAAUUCACCCAGAGAUACACAAGCCCUGCAAACACAUACAUAGUUGAGCAGAUGCAUACUGCAGCCUCGCGUCAUCCGUCUUUAUCCCGUAUCCUUCUAAAUCUAGUUAGUAUGUGAGCUUGCAUGUGAUGGUUCCAGGGCGAGUCCUGUCUUCUCGAAUGCAAUAAGAUGAGAGAUUAAUAUGAGAAAUGUAAUAACAAAGACUUGUUUGAUAAACUUGAAGAUAAAAUGAUGAAAAGACCAGAUGCCACAACUAGUUACUGUUAAACCCACUUUUCAGCGGGAUUUACAGGAUGAACAACACGCACUUCUUAUUUACUAAAUGCAGUGCUGGAUAUUAGUCAUUAAAAUAUAAUGAUGAUGAUGUAGUUCUAAUGUUCUGAAAUUAGUCUUUCAGACUA